UUCUACUGUACAAAAAAACUGUACAAAAAAACUGUACAAUAUCGCUCUAUAUUAUUUUUACCAAGUACCGGUAUUUGAGAAUACACUUUUGGUAAAUUUAUGCUAAUGAUUUAUGCCAAGAGAAAAUAUUUCCUCUUGUUUAUGCUAAUCAUGAAAAAACAUUGUAAAGAGCACGGUAAGGGUGACAAAGCAUUUAGAGAGUGAGGGGGUCUGGGUUUUAAUGACAUAACAACUGCAUGGAAACAAAGAUGGCGUCUGGUUACGUACGAAGAGUGCGAAGUAGUCUCCAUGUUUAUAGCCAAGAAAAAUGGAUAUGCAUGGUGGUCGUGUGAAGAUAUAGAGUCAUCACUUAAAACAAAGGAUUUUGUACUCGUGAAGAUACAUUUCAUGUAACGGGAUCGUGGAAUGUCGUGUAAAAUAGUUUAAGGAGGAGAGGCACUUGCGCUCUAUAAAUUUGGCCAAGGAUUAAUUAAUGUUAUUGCUGAAGGCAUUAACAGUGAAAAGGAGAGUUUGUAGACAGGUAAACGACAGCAUGUCAAAGAAUUCUGAAGAUGGAUGGACAAAAGUUUUUGACAAGAGCCUUGCAACACCUGUACCAAAAACAUUGACCUUAAAACGAUCAAACACACUGGAGCUAGAAGAUGUUCAAGAAGAUGUUACUGAAGAUGUUGACAUGGAUGCCAGUCGCGUGUUCACACUUCCAACACCUCCAACGACUUCGAGCAACAGAGCCACUUCUCACGUAUGUUCUCGCCACGGAAGAGAACGCAGGAAAGUCCUUGAGGAAAAACCGGUUAAGCCGGCUAGAUCCAUCCAACCCAAACCGUUAAAACCUGUUAGACAAGCCAGUAGAAAACUUGACGCCUCAGACAGUAAAACGUUUUUGCCGACGACUGUAAAAGAAGAGUCUGUCGAACAGGCUGCGAAUAAACCUGCAACGUUGCCUGCAGCAAAAGUAACAAGCCCUCCACAGGAAGCAGUUAAGCAGCAAUCACCAGACAUUGGUCCGUUGCUGUCUCAGGCAACUCCAACUCCCUCGAAAAGGCAAAGUUCUUCCAGUCACAGGAAAUCUUUGGAAAGAGAACAGGCUGUAGAAACGGUUAAACCGGCUGUGCCGGGUGGAGAACCAAUCACAUUGGACGUGGCCAGGGCUCUCCGAGUUCUGUUAUUUGGUACGCCAUACACUUCCUUCAAUUCGGACUGGAGAAAGCAGCACAUCAACUUUUUCUCGAGCAUGUCUUACGCUCUGAGCUUUUACAAGCUGGGUCCUGGAGGUGUCAUGGCGUGUUUGCAGGGAUUCCUCUUACGGUACUUGUUGUAUGAACAGUCAUCUAUAGAACAAGUUAAAAGCAUGUUAACACCCAUGUCUUCAGACCGUCAGAGGGCACUGAUUACUGCCAUGGCAAAGAUGUUAUGGCAAGCUGGAGGAUACAAACAUGCCACGGUCGCACUACCGUGUGGUGAAUGUAACUGGAUAACAAUGGAGGACUACAGAGAGGAUCAGCUUACGGAAAAGCUUCAUCUGUUUAGAUUCAUACAUUUUGCCGAUCUUGAACGAUUCCUCAAGAAGCAGUUAUCUUUUUUCGAAAGCACAAACGGAAAUGGUUGCAUCCUGCUAUUAUAUUCUGUAAUCUUGUCAAGAACAAUUGAAAGUGUAAUCGAGGACCUUGGAGAUCCGAACUCGACUCUGAUGGGCCCCCACGACUCGUGCACCCAGGCCAUGAUUAACUUGAUGCUUACCGGCAGAGCUGCUGCUAACGUAUUCAAUGGCGACAUAGAGUGCAACAAAAGUGGACGAAAGCUGGCCCACCCGCUGCAUGGCAUUAAAGAUCGAAGUGAGAUCGGAUUCUUAUCUCUUGAAGAGCAUUUCGAUCCUAAAUCGUUUCAGGUUGGCAGCAUGCUCAAGACUCCUAAGUUUCCAGUCUGGGUUGUGAACGUGACAGGUGAACGAUAUGGCGUUCUGUUCUCACUCAACAAGGACCUCGUCAAUGAUUGGAAGCUGGAGCGAAGAUUUGAUUUACUGUUUUGCACUGGAUCGGCAAAUCGAAACAGUGGUACUUCAAACGAGUGUGUGUUGACCAUAGACACAAGAGAUGUGUUUAUCCCUGAUGACGUAUUCGGUGAAGAACCAUCUGACUUGGAAAACUGCGUAAGAACCAAAUGGCCUGGAGCACUGAUUGAAUUAAAAGAUGGAAACAGCUGACAGGCAGCCAUGAAACAAGUAUCGUCCGAAGAGGAAGGGAAAAUUGAAUCAACGUGCACAGUUGCAGCGUCUGUGAAGGAUGUUCGUGGUUGCUUAGGAACAGAGAUGGUCGUUAUGAUGACAAGUUGAUCGUCACGUGACAGUGUGGGCAUUACUCUUGCUUUGUUCCGAUUGAAGAAAUAUCGAAACAUUUUGUUUGUUUUAGUCGAUCACAAACUAACUCCAGCCCAAAAAAGGCUUCAAUUUUCAUUGUUUAAAAAACAGAAGGGGCCUCAAAUUGCGAGAAAAUGUUGUCCAACUAGGAAGAAUAUUUUUAAAAGAACUUGUAUGUAAAUUUGUCGAGAAGUAACUGUAUGCUGCCAGCUUUGAGUGAAGUUUAAAGUACCUAAAGUGCUGUGCAAAUUAUUUUUAUAAUCAGGAUUUGUUGGGCCAAGUUUUUGUCAUGAAAAUGCGUACUAUUUUACAAAAAAGAAUAUAAUUUACGUGAAGUUCCUAUUUAACUACAUAUAAGCGAAAGCUGGUCAGUUUUAAAGCAAAGUCGGUGUGUAAAUGUUGUUUUCUAAGAAAACAAUAGUUGUAACCUGUCGUUUGAGUGUAAAAAGAAAAAUAUAAAUAAAAUUGUGAAUUUUAAUUUAA